AGAGGGGAGGUUUCAAUACGGCUGGAAUUUGAACAAAGUUCCUGAUAAAUAGCCCACAUUGUUAUCUGUUAUCUAAAACAAUACGCUUUGUGUUUUUAAAAGCAGAAACCUCUCUUAAACAGGGCGCCAUUUGUCGCGUCUAUGUCUCCUUCCUCUGUGAUCUUCCUGAAAACACCUGCGUGAUUCAGGUAACUCACCGGUGGAGAGAGGGAAGUUCUUUGGCACUGAGCGGCGACAAGGUCCUCCAGCAGGGAUGUGUUCCAGUCGGGGUAUAUGCGGCGGCAACGACCGUCCCAACAGAUCCUCCAACUCAGAGGGUGCUGGUUCAGGUGCUCACUAUGCCCUGUGCGCCCUGGGAGUGGGACUCAUCGCUCUGGGUAUUGUCAUGAUUGUGUGGACUGUGAUACCGAUGGACGGUGAGGCCUCAGGCGGCUCCCCCACUUCGUCGGGCAACACCACCACGGGGCCCGACGGUGCUGAGAACGAGGAUGAAAAGGACAACAAAAAGUCUGCAACAGUGGCUAUGGUGUUGGUUGGAGUCGGGGCGGCCAUGUUGCUUUUAUCAAUUUUCCUCGGUGUGAGGAGCAAGAGGGCACGACGCAACAGAAGAAACCAGCCAGUUGCAGUAGGAGUCCCCUUCAUGAACCAUGUGCCAGGGGAGGAUGAGGAGGCUGCUUCAGAUCCAACCACGUACAACGUGCCGAGCUACGAUGAGGUCGUUGGCAGUGACACCUACCCAGUCCGCAAUAGCAACCUUCGCCAGAGCACCUCCCAGCUGCCGUCCUACGAGGAUAUCAUAGCUGCUGUGGAAAACGAGGGAGCAGGCUCCACUGACAAUGCCACAGAGGUCACCCCUCUUAAUGAUGCCGCACCAGCUCCGGCUCAACCUGCUGCUGAGCCCGAGGCUGACCAUGCUGCCCUCCAGCCAAACCCCAGCCUGCCCACUCGCAGCGCCAGCCGGGCCAGCCGUUUACUGCGGCCUCUCCGGGUGAGGAGGAUCAAGUCAGACAAACUGCACCUGAAAGACUUCCGCCUCCAAAUCCGCAGCCCCACACAGAAUCCAGUGACCAUUGAACCCAUCACUCCGCCACCACAGUACGACAAUAAGAUGCCUGAAUUGAUGCCUACUCCCGAUGAAUAAAAAAUAUCUGUGUUAAAUGGACUAAUGAUAACAUUUCUGAAAACCCAUUUUCAAGGUUGGUAUUAAGUAGGUUAAAUGUGGCUGCGAGCAGCGUGAGGGAGGCCGUGCAGACGCACUCCUGAAAUGAGAACAUUGUCUUCACUACUAAAGCUUGUGAUCAGCAUAUUUAUUUUGUUGUAAAGCAUAAUUAAGUCUGUGUGAAAGGAUCAGCUGUCAAGAUAUUGUUGUAGACAAAUAUGGGACAGCCUUUCACUUUUAUUCAACAACAGUGUGUGUUGUAACGGACAGAAACCUGAACUCAUAUAUGUUUUCACCUUAGCAGGAAUUCUUAAUGUUGCUGUAUGUUGAUGCUGAUUAGUUGUGAAAAAGUUUGAACCAUGUUGUGAUUGAGAAGGGGGAAAAGGGAAACUGAUUAACUGGGAGAUUUUAAAGGUAUUAAGUAUAAGAAGCAUUGGAUGUGCAACCUUUUGGGGAUUUGUAACCCUGAAGAAAGAGAGAAGAGGCCAGAAAAUGUUUGACAUAUCACCUGUUUGUUUUUGAGUUCUUUUUGUAAGUUGUUUUUAAACCUGUUGUCUUUAACAAACUGCCUCCUGAAAAUGAAAAUGCCAUCUGUGUGAUGCCCAGUGUGAACUGUAAAAUACUGAAAACACUGGGAACAAAUCAGAGAAAAACUACUGGAUAUUCUGGUUUCGGAUGUGACAUUAAAUGACUAAUUAAAUGUUUCAUGGGACUUUUAUAAGUGUUAAGAUGUUUAAACUAUCCUGUGUGAUGUCUGUGUAAAAAGUGGUGAAUAAAUGGUUUUCUAUUUCAUUUAGGAUCAUGUCAAAAUGUUUAUAUUUUUGUCGCAAAAUGUCCCUGAAAUUGAGUUGCAUUGUUGUAUGUUUAAUUCCUCAAACAUUAUCAAACAUAUCUCGUUAGAAUCAGUAAAAGUAAGACUCUCAAACACACAGAUUAAUGAAACUGCUCAUUCUUGUGAUGAUUUUUCUUGCUGUAAGAUUGACAAAGCUGUAUUUAUUUCAAAAGAGAUAAAUACUGUGUUUGUGCUUUCAGUUAAUAAAAUCUAACUGUAGAUGUUU